GCAGACAGCCAGGCCCGCUGUUGCUACGUCUGUGGGUCGGCGCUGUCGCCGGCCUCACAGCAGCAGAUCCACGUGCAGAAGCAGGAGGCGCCCGCUCAGGCGCCCUUCUUCCCCUUCCUGUGGCUGCACAGCCCCCCGCCCGGCGCCCAGCCCAUCACCGAGGCGGGCAGCACCCUCGUGUGUCCCUGCUGCUUCUCGUCCCUCACGCACCAGUGGCAGAGCUUCGAGCUGGCCAACGUGCCCGUCCUGCAGCGGCUCUAUGUGGUUCCCCUGAACAGCCACGCCCCCGGCAUGGCCUCCAAGGCCCGGAGACUCCCCAGAGAGGAGGGGCCCGCCACCGCCGCGGGGCUGCUGCGGGAGGCCUGCUACCUCUGCGGGGAGGACUGUACACGGGAUGCCCGGGCUGUGCCCUCCCGCAUCGUCAAUGGCAACUCGGGGAGCUCCAUGCACUUCCCCUUCCUCAGCCUCCUUCCUUGCCCACCCAACGCUCGGCCCCCCAACAAGCGCUGCGAGGUUCGCAGCUGUCCCAAAUGUUUCAGCGUCCUGGAGGACGUCUGGGCCCUGUACCGGGCAUCACACAACCGUGAGCUCAUCAGCUCGGUGCAAGGCUUCCUGGGCAGGUACCACCAAGCCUUCUCCGCCUCGGACCCUACUCUGAGCGAGCUGCCCGCUUCUGCGCAGGGAGGCCCGCCUGCCGUCUGUUACAUCUGCGGGGCUGAGUUGGGGCCGGGCAAGGAGUUCCAGCUCAGCAUGAACCCCGCUAGCCACCUGGGCGAGAAGGAGCCCUUCUUUCCUUUCCUCACCGUCUAUCCGCCCGCCCCACGGGCCAGGCCUGCAGACUCCACCGGCCUGGUGACCACCUGUGUGCUCUGCUAUCACGACUUGCUGGGUCAGUGGCUGCAGCACGAAGGCAGAGCGGCUCACCAGGCUGUCAGCGCCUGGUCUAGGCAGUACCAGGUGGACACGUUCGUGUGCUUCUUCUGUCAGCAAGAGAAGAAACGGUGUCUGGGGCUGAAGUCAGUGAGGGUGGCCAGGCUGCCCUUGUUCCUGUAUACCCUGAGAGCCAGCCACAGCCUGUUGGUGGAUGACGGCAGACAGCUGAUCAUUGGUGCCUGCGUGGAAUGUGGGACCCUGGUUUGUGCAGGUCAAGGGCUCGUCAACCAGGCACCCAUGGGCUGGAGCUCCCCAGCAGCAGGAGUAACAAAGGUCACUCCUGCCCCUCUGGAGGCACCUGCCACUGUCCAUGCUCCUGUACCAGAGCCCGAGCUACAGCCGGUGCCCCCCACAGACAGUCUAUCCAGGGGCACCAGGACCACCCAGGAGCUGCGGCCAGUGUCAAGCCAGCAGAGCAGCCGGGACAGCUGGGAUGGGGAUGGAGUAGACCUCACAGCCACAGGCAUGAGCCAUGAGCCCAAGUCCCCUUCAAUAGGGAUGCUUUCCACGGCGACCAGGAACACCGCCACCGUCAACCCCCUCACCCCCUCGCCACUCAAUGGCGCCCUGGUGCCCACCGGUAGCCCGGCCACCAGCAGUACGCUGUCGGCCCAGGCUGCGCCAUCCUCCAGCUUUGCUGCCGCGCUGCGCAAGCUCGCCAAACAGGCAGAGGAGCCCAGAGGGUCUUCACUGAGCAGCGAAUCGUCCCCCGUGUCCUCCCCAGCUACCAACCACAGCUCUCCAGCCAGCACGCCCAAGAGAGUGCCCAUGGGUCCUAUUAUUGUCCCCCCUGGGGGUCACAGUGUUCCCAGCACUCCCCCUGUGGUCACUAUUGCCCCCACCAAAACCGUCAAUGGAGUCUGGAGAAGUGAGAGCCGCCAGGACUCUGCCUCACGAGGCGGCAGCAGUGGUCGAGAGCGUCUGCUGGUGGAGCCGCCUCUAGCCCAGGAGAAGGCAGCAGGCCCGGCCAUCCCCUCCCACCUGCUCAGCACCCCCUACCCCUUCGGCCUCUCCCCCAGCUCAGUCGUACAGGAUUCCCGCUUCCAACCACUCAACCUCCAGCGGCCUGUGCACCAUGUGGUGCCCCCCAGCACAGUGACUGAGGACUACCUGAGGAGCUUCCGGCCCUACCAUACCGCUGAGGACCUACGCAUGUCCUCCCUGCCUCCACUUGGCCUGGACCCAGCUGCUGCCUACUAUCACCCCAGCUACCUGGCCCCGCACCCGUUCCCCCACCCCGCCUUCAGGAUGGAUGACUCCUAUUGCCUGUCAGCCUUAAGGUCUCCGUUCUACCCCAUCCCCACCCCCGGUUCCCUGCCUCCACUGCACCCAUCCGCUAUGCACCUGCAUCUCUCGGGGGUCCGCUACCCACCUGAGCUCUCGCACUCGUCCCUGGCAGCGCUGCACUCGGAGCGGAUGUCCAGCCUCAGCGCAGAGAGGCUGCAGAUGGACGAAGAGCUGCGGAGGGAGAGAGAGCGGGAGCGUGAACGGGAGCGAGAGGCCGACCGAGAGCGGGAAAAGGAGCGAGAGCGGGAGCGGGAGCAGCGGGAGAAGGAGCGGGAGAAGGAGCUGGAGCGAGAACGGGAGAAGGAGCGGGAGCGGGAGCUGGAGCGCCAGCGGGAGCAGCGGGCGAGGGAGAAGGAGCUGCUGGCUGCCAAGGCGCUGGAGCCCCCCUUCCUGCCUGUGGCUGAGCUGCAUGGACUCCGGGGCCAUGCCACUGAGGAGCGGCCCAAGCCCUCGGAGCAGCUGACCCCAACCCGAGCAGAGAAGCUGAAGGAUGUGGGCUUGCAGGCACCCAAGCCCAUGCAGCAUCCGCUGCACCCAGUGCCUGCCCCACACCAUACGGUGCCCAGCCUUAUCUCCAGCCACGGCAUCUUCUCUCUGCCGGGAAACAGUGCCGCCACAGCCUUGCUGAUCCAGCGCACCAAUGAGGAGGAGAAAUGGCUGGCACGGCAGCGGCGGCUGCGGCAAGAGAAGGAAGACCGCCAGUCCCAGGUGUCCGAGUUCCGGCAGCAGGUGCUGGAGCAGCACUUGGACCUGGGCCGGCCCCCGGUGCCCACAGAGGUGGAGCACAGGCCUGAGAGCACCAGGCCAGGACCAAACCGUCAUGACCAGAGCAGCCGAGAACCCCCACAGCACUUUGGUGGUCCACCGCCCCUCAUCUCACCCAAGCCCCAGCACCAUACUGUGCCCACAGCCCUCUGGAACCCAGUGUCUUUGAUGGACAAUACCCUGGAGACGCGGCGGCCUGAGAGUCACUCCCUGCACAGCCACUCGACGGCUUUUGAGCCGAGCCGUCCAGCUGCUGUGCCGCUGGUCAAAGUGGAGCGUGUCUACUGCACGGAGAAGACAGAGGAGCCCCGGAAGCGUGAGGCCACACCACUGGACAAAUACCAGCCGCCACCACGGGAGGCAGGAAAUCUGGAACCCCAUGGACCUGGGCCUUUCCUUGCUGAACUUGAGAAAUCAACACAGACCAUCUUGGGCCAACAACGGCCCUCCCUUUCCCAGGCAGCCCCCUUCGGGGAGCUCAGCGGGCCUCUGAAGCCAGGCUCUUCCUUCUGCCACCCCUCACCGAGGGGCCCUGACCCAGCAUACAUCUAUGAUGAGUUUCUUCAGCAACGCCGGAAACUGGUCAGCAAGCUGGACCUGGAGGAGCGCAGGCGGCGUGAAGCUCAGGAGAAAGGGUACUACUAUGACCUCGACGACUCUUACGACGAGAGUGAUGAGGAAGAAGUCAGGGCACACCUCCGCUGUGUGGCUGAGCAGCCACCCCUCAAACUGGAUACAUCCUCUGAGAAGCUAGAGUUUUUGCAACUUUUUGGCUUGACCACCCAACAGCAGAAGGAGGAGCUGGUAGCACAGAAGCGCCGGAAGCGGAGGCGGAUGCUGAGAGAGAGAAGCCCAUCGCCGCCUGCGAUUCAGAGCAAGCGGCAGACACCUUCCCCCAGACUGGCUCUGUCCACCCGCUACAGCCCCGAUGAGAUGAACAACAGCCCUAACUUCGAGGAGAAGAGGAAGUUCCUGACCUUCUUCAACCUGACACACAUCAGUGCAGAGAAGAGGAAAGACAAAGAGAGGCUUGUUGAAAUGCUCCGUGCCAUGAAGCAGAGGGCACUGUCCGCAGCAGUGGCAGACUCAGUGACAAAUUCUGCGAGGGACAGUCCUGCCAUCUCCCUGAGUGAAUCAGCCACACAGCCAGCUCCUCUGGAGACCGAUCAACCUGCCGGUGUCCCUGCCUCCUUGUCGGAUGUCCCGAAGGCCGUGGAGACUGGGAGACUGGAACAGCUCCGGCCCCAGGAGCUCUUGAGAGUCCAGGAGCCAGCUCCUAUCAGCGGUGAGAAGGCCAGGCUGAGUGAGGCCCCCGGGGGCAAGAAGAGCCUGAGCAUGCUUCAUUAUCUCCGGGGCGCCGCGCCCAAGGACAUUCCUGUGCCGUUGUCCCACAGCAUCAACGGGAAGAGCAAGCCUUGGGAGCCCUUCAUGGCUGAAGAGUUUGCACACCAGUUCCACGAGUCCGUCCUACAGUCUACACAGAAGGCUCUCCAGAAGCAUAAAGGGAGCUCAGCUGUGCUGUCUGCAGAGCAGAACCACAAGGUCGACACGGCAGUCCACUACAACAUUCCUGAGCUGCAGUCCUCUAGCCGGGUCCCCUUGCCCCAGCACAAUGGACAACAGGAGCCCCUAGCUGGGAGGAAGGGCCCCCCGAUGCAGGAGGUGGACCAGGACUCUGAGGAGGACGACGACGACGAGGAGGACAGUGAAGAGGAAGCUGAGGAAGCCCCCAGGCGCCCGUGGCAAGGGAUUGAGGCAAUCUUUGAAGCUUACCAGGAACACAUAGAAGAGCAAAACCUGGAGCGGCAGGUGUUACAGACGCAGUGCCGGCGGCUGGAGGCGCAGAACUACAGCCUCAGCCUGACUGCGGAACAGCUCUCUCACAGCAUGGCGGAGCUUCGGAGUCAGAAACAGAAGAUGGUCUCGGAGCGGGAGCGGCUCCAGGCGGAGCUGGACCACUUCCGGAAGUGCCUUGCCUUGCCCACCAUGCACUGGCCUAGGGGCUACUUUAAGGGAUAUCCGAGGUGACGGUUUCCCUUGCACUAGGCUGAACCUAUAGCAUAGAAAUAUUAUCUAUUUUAUUACCUUGAAUAUUUAAUAUUUUUCACUGGGAGGUUUGAAGCUCACAAAUUGAGAACGUGCCAUGCAUGAAGCGAAGAAUUCCAGGCUCCAGAAAGGACGUCCGUCACCUUGACUCCAGUGUAAUCGAGUCACCUGUCUCAGCUAAGACUCAGUUUCUCUUUCUGAUUGGCGGUGUUACUCCUCCUUCCCCCACGUUCUCUUUCUCCUACCCUGAUGCCCACCAUGCAUGUGGCUGAAGGAGAGCCAGCUGGUAGUUUCUGGUGUUGCUGUGCCACAAGAGCCCAGCUCGCUCUUGCUGCGGCCCUGGGAGCUAGCCUCUUCCUCCCAGGAGUAAGACUAACUUGCGCUGAGAAGGCUGGGCGUGUACAGCAAAGGGCUCAGAUCAGUCACCCUCCUGCGCCAGCGUCCUAGGAGCACGCGAGCUAGUCAAGGCUUCUCCCUGGAACAGCUCUUGGGAAAAGAGGCAAACCCACACCCGAAGGUACCUUGUUUUCCUUGGGGAAGAUGAGUGGAGCUGUCCACAGAUAGCCCACCCACUGGAUUGCUACCGCUGUGUGUGGCGUUUUCAUACAAACAUACGUUUUGAGAGAAAAGUCAAAGGUGCUUCAGCCUUGUACUGUGUAUAUAUUAAAAAAAAAAACAACAAAGUUUUGUAUGUUUUUAUUACUUUAAUUAUUGUUAUAAAAAGCCUGCCAUUUUUAAUAUGUGGUUUGGGGAAUUUUGUUUGUUUUUCCUGUUUGGGGGUUUCCUUUGUUUUUUUUUUCGGUUUUGUUUUUUUCUGGUUAAAGAAAAAAAAAAACAACCUGCUUUUAGUGUUUGUGCUGCUGCUGGUCAGGACAUUAAAAUGCUAAAGUUUUAGAAAGUAGAAGAGCUCACCUGUGCGGCAUCCCAUACAGCAGGGCUGAGGGGCACCCGGGGCUGGUCAGCUGUUGAGAUCAUGAGUGACCCACAUGCAAUAGGAACUUGAGGUUAAAGCCGUGGGAGCUGAGCUCCUGUGACAGGCACAGCUGUGGCAGAGAGCUCCGUACUGAGCAAUCUCCUUUUCCAGUUUCAACUCCUCAGGCAGGGUUGACCCACUAACUUGAAAGAGAACCUCUUCCUGUCAGCUUGUGGCUGUCACUCCAUGAUAAGAGGCUGAGCCUACCCUUGGCUACCAGGCUCAAUGGCUGUACAGAGCAGCUUGCUGGCAGGCCCUCCCCACCAGCCACCCCCACCUACCCACCCCCCCAGUUUGCUCU